AUUAUGGAGCCGCCGGAGGCCAUCCACAACCCGAAGCGAGUCUACAACCUCAUGAGCCUGCGCACACUCGAAGGAGCCAUACCAGAGCUCGGCGGUGGCCAACUACCUGGGCUGGCGCAUCGUGCAAGUUAUGGGCCAGUAUGCGACCGAGCGGUUCAGGCGGGCGAGGUUCCGCUUCGACCGGUACCGGUACCUGCUGCAGGACGUGGGCGAGGUUCCGCGAGAGUGCGUGCGCCUCACGUCACGACUGCUGCACUUCGCCGUGGGUCGGCUAUACUUCGACCGGCACAUCUCACGGCCAGCCGAGCGGUACAGGAAACUGUACGACAUGGCGGAAGAGCUGCGGGACGCCUUUGCCGUUCUGAUCGACCUCAACACCUGGAUGGACUCGGACACCAAGGAGAGGGCGAGGCAGAAGCUGCAUCACCUGCAGAUGAACAUCGGCUUCCCGCCCUGGAUCAAGAGCGACCGGGACCUGGACGAGUACUACAAGGACGUCCCGGACCUGCGCAAGGAGGAGUUCUUCAUCAGCCUCCUGCGCACGCUCAAGAUUUACAACCGCAUCAUGUACGCCCGCCUGCGUCGCUUUAAGAAGGCGGAGGACUUUGGGUGGAUCCCUCCUUACCCAUCUACCAUGAUGCAUUACAGCCUACUGGGAAACUAUAUGCUUCUCCCAAUCGACUACAUUCAGUACCCCUUUUUUCUACUGGACAUGGCACCACCCAUCAAUUUCGGUGCCCUCGGAACCAUCAUGGGGCAGCAGCUGACGUACGGCUUCGGGGAGCAAGGCGCUCUGUACGACGAGCACGGCAAACUGGUGGAGUGGUGGUCUCGCGAGACCCACCGCAAGUUUGUCACCGGCGCCCGCUGCCUCACUGAGCAGUACGACCAGUUCAACAACCCCAUCACCGGAAUGAAGCUGAGCGUCAACAACACCCUGGAGACGAGCAUCGCCGACAACGCGGGCCUGCGACUCGCCUUCAAGGCCUUCCGGGUGUACAUGACCAAGUACGAGGAGCGCUACGGCAUGUACUCCAUACCCGGCAUGGAGCCCUGGACCAUGGAGCAGGUCUUCUUCAUCGCGUACGCCCUGUCGCGGUGCGAGGUGUCCCGGAAGCGCUCCAUGUACUUCUACCUGCGCCCCCGUGACCAAAUACCCAACCGCUUCCGGACCAUCAUCCCGCUGAUGAAUUUCGAGCGGUUCUCGGCCAUCUUCAACUGCAAGACUGGCUCCAUCAUGAACCCAGACCAGAAGUGCAUUGUCUGGUAGCCGGCCUGGCCCACCACGCGGCGUCCCGAACGGCCGCACGCGCUGGCGAAUAUAAAUACGCCACAAUCUUAUCGUUGCCGCGACUCUCUGCUUUCCUUAACCUUCCUUCUGCAAGUGGACGUAACGUAUCU